AUGCCGAACUCUGCGCGUCCGGUGUCUGUGCCUAGGGCUGCCGAUCGCGAGUUCCGGCGCAUGCAAUCCUCGCGCUCCAUCACGACGCCUCGGCGAUCCGGUAUCGAGAUGGCGCAGAACCAGGGCAACGCCAUGAAGGUGUAUGUGCGUGUGCGACCAUUUAGCGAGCGGGAGCUUUCGCUAAGCAUGCCGCAUCACAGCACAGUGCGCAUCGACGUGGAAAACCCGUGCUUGAUUACACUACUGGACCCACAGAAGGAUUUCCGCCCCCGUGAGACAUUCAGUUUUACACGCUGCCUAUGGUCUGUGCUGGAGAGUGACGGCAGCGCCGGCAGCAGCAAAACGGCUGGAGAAAUCCGCGAUUCCAUUGGCACGUUCAUCAACAACGUCAGCUCCGCUCGCGGUGUGCGUCCUCGUACUACGUCAAAUACUGGACCCGCCAACUCCGGUGUCCUAUCUGCUCGCGGGAGGGCUGGAGCAGAGAAUUCUAUGUCAUUUGAGGGUGCUGGAUCCAGUGCGGCAAUUGUCGCGGGCAAUAUUGUUGCUCACCCAAAAUACAGCUCACAGAAGGAUGUCUACGACGAAGUGGGUCUCCCUGUCCUGACGAACACGCUGGAGGGCUAUAACGGCUGUGUCUUCGCCUACGGGCAGACUGGAAGCGGCAAGACAUUCACAAUGCUGGGUUAUGCUCCGAGGAAUGCCGAUUUUCAUUCCCCUGGCAGACGUCAGUCCGUUGCAAACUUUGAUGACGACGAUGAUGAAGAGUGUGAGAACUCCAAACGGUCUCUCACCUCAGUUUCACCUGGCCGCUUCCGCCGCGCAUCGGUGAUGAGCAAUCACAGCAACCGACCAGACACCUUCGGUCGUCAAGGAAGCUCGCAGGUAAUGCCAACAGGUCAAGUGGUCGAUGUUGUUGACACGACCAAGUUGGACCCGAGCGAGCUGCAGGGUAUCAUUCCUCGCAUCAGUGCUGAUCUGUUUAAGGGAUUGCGCGAGAUGCGGGAAAAGGACCCGUCCCACUCAUAUCGUGUGGAAGUGGUCUACUAUGAAAUCUACAACGAGAAGGUAUAUGACCUCAUUCGCCCACAGAGGGAUGCCGACCUGAAGAUACGUCAUCAACCCCUCAGCGGCCCUUACGUGGAGGGGCUCGCCACAAAGAUGGUUGCCAACGAAGAACAGGUCGCCAAGGUGAUCCGUAAAGGUAGCAUUGAGCGCCAUACUGCAGCGACAAAGAUCAAUGACCGAAGCAGCCGCAGUCAUGCUAUAAUUACCUUCAAUAUUCUACAGCUGUACCUUGAUGACAAUGACAACACAUGUAAGAAGCAGAGCAAACUGAACCUUGUAGAUCUUGCGGGUUCAGAGCGGACUGGUGCUGUUGGUGCGGAGGGGAAGCAGUUCCUUGAGGGCACUAAGAUCAAUCUCUCCCUUACAACACUGGGUCGUGUCAUUGACUGCUUGGCCGAUUUAUCGCAGUCCAAGUCGCUUGCUGUACCUGUCCCGUACCGUGACUCCAACCUCACAUGGUUGCUGAUGGAUUCACUGGGCGGUAACAGUAAAACUUCCAUGGUAGCCACUAUUUCGCCCCACUGUGUAAACUUUGAUGAAAUGCGGCAGACCAUCCGUUACGCCUCGCGUGCUAGACAGAUUGUUAACAAGGCAGUCAUCAACGAGGACCCACAGGUGCGCCAAAUUCGUGCCCUGACAGGUGAAGUGGAUCGCCUCAAGAAAAUCAUCCGUGAGGCGGGGCAUAACGAGUUUACUCGUGACUAUGUGCUGGAGCUGCAACGCCGCAACGCCUAUCUUGAGAAACGUUGCCAGGAGCAGGAGAUAACCAUUGCAGAGCUCCGGGCACUGCUUGAAGAGAAUGGCAUAGCCGUCCAUACAGAUGAUCUCGCCUCAGCAUCGGUGAAGCGUGCACGUGGUGCGCAGCAGGAUGUGAGUUCGGGCCGCCGUCGUGGUACAAACGGGGUGGAAAGCAAUGCGUCGGUUCUCAAGACGCGCCUGGCUGACGCAAAGACGGAAGUGGAAGCGUUGCGGCGCCAACUUGCAGAAGAGGAUGGUAAUGGUGUGAUCAAGCGAGCUGGGACCCCCACAAAGACCCCACAGGUGACUGAACUCAACAGUGAAAUUAAGCGACUUAAGAAGGAACUGGAGGCUCUGAAAAAAAAUGAUGCGAAGAAGCAGCGGCAGAUUGAGCGUUUCUCCUUCUUCUAUAUGGAUUGGGCGGCCGAUAUGAUGCGGAAUACAAUGCUACUAAAGGAGGACGAGUUUUCCAGAUGUGUGGCUCAUCUUGCUAUUGCGCAACACAACCAGGUCGGUCUUGGCCUUCGCCACGUCCAGCAGGCCCACCGCGAGGAGAUUGAGAAGAUGCGGAAGCGGCAUGUGGAAGAAAUGGAGGAUCUGCAGAAGAUAUCAACCGCUCGGCUUAAAGAAUCCAUUGAGAAGAGUAAUGAGCUCUAUCAGCAGCUCAUUGACAAGCAUGUAGAGAAGCUGAACUAUGUCGAAGAACGCAUGAAGAAAAAUAAGGAGUUCUACGAGUCUGAGCACAAGCGGAUGGAGGCUGAGAAGGAGAACAGCCGUAAGAGCUACGAGGAGCAGCUGGCAAAGACGCGUUCCAGCUACCAAGAUGAGCUGAAAAGGCUGCGUGAGCAGCUCAACUUUGGCGCCACAGACCGUCAGCGCUCGGGUGAAGCGUUAAAGCGCAUGCAGGAGGAUCACGAGAAGGAGGUUAACCGACGACAAGAUGAGAUGGACCGUUACCGCCGCGACAAGGAGCAGGAAAUCUCGCGGCUGAAGCAGCAAAUCGAGAAGGAAACGCUGCGACGGGAUAGUGAUGUACUCGAGAAGGACCGUCAGCGUCGUCUCUUGGAGAAGGAAGUGGGUGAGAUGCGGCGCGAGAUGCUUAAGCUGCAGACAGAGCAGCACCGCAUGGAGCAGCAGCACCGCACCGAGGUCCAGAACCUCACGCAACAGCAGGAGAAGCUCCUUUCCGUUGGAAACGGGCUGCUCUCCGACUGGGACAACCGCUCCAGCGCAUUGGACUCCUCUUUUGCGCAGCUGCGCGCUCUGUUGCACAGCCAAGACUACAUGGACUUCCGCACCCGCCUCCGCGACGCCACCAUUGAGCGGAAGGACUACACCGCGGAGCUGGAGGCGGUGGAGGAACGCAAGCGGCGUGACACUCAGCGCCUGCGUGAAAUUGUGCAGCAGUUGAAACAGAACCAGGAGGAUAGCAAGGCCAGCCUCCAGCGCUUCGAGGAAGACGUGAUGAAACACCUCGCGUCUGCAAGCAAGACACGCAGUGGCAAUAGUAAGAGCACCAGCAGUAAGAAUACUCUUAGUACAAACGGCCGAGGUGUGGAAUCGUCGAAUGGCUCUUAUUCUGCGCAAAAGCGGACCUCCCCUCCGGGAGCGACAAAGUCCUCCGUGGUGGCACCACCAUCAGCAGGAGGUGCUGCGUCGUAA